AUGAGUGUUAUUGCUAGGCAGGGCAGGAUUUUGCCAUUGGCCUAUGAGAGUGCUACCAGAACCUCUAUUUUGAGACACCAUUACAGAAACUAUGCAACCCACAAGGAAAACCCAGAAACUGAUACUAAAAAAAAAGACACAUCUACUGGCCCAUCGUUUUUCACCAAGUUGAAGUCAGGAUCGACUUUUGCCCUUAGCACGUUGUUGGUUGUUGGUUCAUUGGGGCUUACUGGUCUUGGGAUUUACGCCAUUGGGGCCGAACUUUUUUCAUCUUCUGGUGACACAAAGCUUUUCAAUAGAUCUAUCAACUUGAUACAGAAUAACCUACAUUGUCAAAAACUAUUGCAGUGUGCCCAUGGUGACGAAACGUUGUCAGCACACGGCGAAGACUACACAUUGGGCAACAGAAACGGUUGGGGUAAUAGAAACAGACAGGUCAACUCGACUAAGACCAUUGAAAAGAAUACCGGUAAUGAGCAUUAUUAUAUGAGAUACCAUGUGGAAAGUUCGAAGAAGCGCGGGACUGUACAAAUGGAAGCAGUCAAGGACGCCAACACCAAGAAAACCACGAUCCGUUCUUUGAUGUUGAUUGUCGAUAAUGAAAGAUACUAUGUUGUUGCCCCACCAAUGAGAAGAUCGAUACUUCCAAUGAGCAGAGGAAGAAACGGAAGCGGGUUCUUGGGAAUGAAUUGGGGAACUAAAAAGGAUUAG